CGCUCGUCCCUCGUUCAAAAGCAUUGUCCACCAACCAACCAAGCGAACAAGAGGCCCACCAAGAAAACAAAGACACUUCCGACGCAAGGUGUUGACGCCAACAACCGUGCAUUCGUGUUCCUCGUGCCUGAGGGAAAAGCGAAAAAGCGAAACCGAAAACAAAAAAGCGAAACGAAACGAAACGAACAAUCGCGAAGCGCUUCGGAACAAAGAAGGGCGACCUGAAGCUCGGAACACUCUCGCAAAGCUAAAACAGCGAAAGAAGACAAACAAUGGCAGAGACGGAAGCACCGGGAACCGAGGUGCUGGCAAAGCGACUGGGUGACAUGAAGUCCAAGAACGACUUGCUGCUUCAGCGACUGCAAGGGCUCAAGUCGCGCCUCACCAUGGACGACAUGAGCGUCGAGCCAGCCUCACCGACAUCGUUGACGGCAGAAGCUGCUGCUGCUGAUUCUGCUGAUUCUGCUGAUUCUGCUGAUUCUGCUGAUUCUGCUGCAGACAUCGCACCACCACCAGAGCCAGUAGAAAUUGCCUCAGAGCCAACACCAGUACCAGACCCGUCUGCCGCAGAGGUGCCAGAGCCAUCACUAACGAGUGCGUCAAGCCAGAGCGGAGAUGCCGCUUUGACAUCCGACCCUCCAGCAGCACCACCAGCAGCAGCAAGCACGCAGACGCAAGAGACAACAAAGGUCGCGUCUGUUCGACGGUCAUCCUCAACAAACGACUACCCAGAGCCAAACGUGGCCGAUACUGCCGUUGCGUUUCCUCACGCCGCAUCGGCCUCGGUUGUCCGUCGAUCAUCGUCAAGGCGGCGCGAGGCAAACACAGCAUUUCGCCGCAACCAAAACCUCACGCGCACGACGUUCGACACCGACGUGACCAGCUUGCGGCGUGCCUCCGACACAGACCCUCCCGAGGAAGUCUCUUCCUCGAGCGAUGCCGACACUCCCACAAAGCGACGCUCCAUGGUGCGCACCUCCUCCACAUCCGAGCUCGGCGUUCGGCGCUCGGUUGAUCUCUCUGCCAUCUCGCUUGACUUGAGCGUCGACCCGGAUCCCGAAGCUGCUGCAGCGGCUGCGGCGGCACGUGCGGCCAAGCGCGAGGCACGCCGCGCCACUGCACGUCGCGCAGCAGAGCUCCUCGAGGGCGGCAAGGCCGACUCGGCCUAUUCGGACUCCAAAUCAGUGACUGCGGCCCAACACGAUGCGGCUCGUGCAGAAACGUCUGCGCCUGUAGAAACUGCGCCUGUAGUGCCUGCAGAAGCCUCGUCCGAAAAAACAGCAGAGCCAGUCGUUGCAUCUCAGCCGCCAGUCGCGGAAGAAGUCAAAGCCCCCGCCGCAUCGGAACCAGCACCAACUGUCGUUACGGACGUUGUGGAAGUCCCCGCUGCGGAAUCAGCACCGGCUGACGCUCCGGCGGCUCUGGACGUUGCAGCGACGGAAAAGGUGGAGCCUGCUGUCCCGGUUGCCGCGGAGCCUGAAGCUGUGAGUGCUGCUGCCGCAGACAGUAAAUUGGAUGAUGCUGCCUCUCCAGCGGCUGCCAUUGCUGAGCCAGUGUCAGAAACUGCCAAUCUGCCAGCCGAGUUGGCUGCGCAACCGAUCGCAUCACCACCUGUCGAGUUGCCCGCUCAACCCUCUUCGGAACCGCCAGCCGGUGAAACGCCAGCCGUUGACGCAGCCCCAGCGACCGAAGCAGCGACCACAGAGGCGAAAGCGGAGGCUGGAGCAGCAGAGGACGACGAUGGCGAUUCCACGCCGCCUCCAUCGCGCCGAAGCGUGACCAUCAACUCCCAUGUCGUGCACGACGACGUGAACGAUGAGCUUUCGGCCUUCCGCUUGCGCACUAGCAGUUCAUCUCGCCUCAAGAGCUUGAAAAUGCGCUCGCGUUCCAACUCUGCAGCAACUCGCGAGUCUGGCAAUGCUGCUGCUGCAGUUUCGAAUGUCAGCAAGCAGCUCGCUCGUUCGUCAGCAACAGAAGCUGCUGCGUUGUCUUCGGCUCCUCAAUCACCAGACGAGUCGAGCACUGACGAUAUCCCUGCUGCUACUUCCGCCGAGUCGAUUCCAUCCAGCACUGACGAUAUUCCAGCUGCUACUGCUGCUGCUACUUCUGCUGCUGCUGACAUUACUGCUGCUGCUGCUGUCACCACCGCCGAGUCAACUCCCUCCGCGAAGGAAGAAGCUCAUUCCGAGGCCAAGCCCAUCGUCGCAGACAAGCACCAUGCCGUCGAGCCAACCCCAGCACCCGCGUCACCACCUACAGAAGCUGGUGCGCCUGCGGAAGCUGCUGCGCCUGCGGAAGCUGCGGCACCCACCACAGCAACGGUGCCAGCAGACGAUGCCCCGACACGCGAGCUUGAGCCCUCUCGCAAUGUCGAAGAUAUCAAGAGGGAAAUCCUCGAAGCCGUGGAGACCCCAAUGGCCGCAAAGCCCGUGGAGCCUCGAAUCGGGGGCCGUCCAAAGUCAACGCUUGAGCGUGUGCGCUCCAUCUCAUACGACCCACCGACCAUCUCCGCGCCCCCGCCGCCUCCGCUGGCAGCGGGUGCCACCACUGCGCCCAGCAAGCGACACUCGACGAGAACCCUGUCGUGGAGUCUCGAGCAGGGCGAGAAUGGCUCCAAGACGUCCAGCAAAACCAACUCGCGAAGCGAAUCUCCCUCUGCUGAGCCUGCUGUGGCAGUGGUUGAACGCCCGACAUCACCCAAGCACACUUCCAUCAAUGUGGAGGACUUGGCGCUCAAUAUGGACGACUUUUUACCAAUUUCGUCUCGUCGUCCUUCUGUUCAAGUUGAACCGACGGCUCAGGCUCAAGCUCCCGUUGCCGCUCCCGCUGCUGCCGCUGCUGCCGCUGCUCCUACUCCUGCUCCUGCCUCGGCACCUGCCACAGACACUACUCCAUCGUCAUCGCCAAUCGUUCCGCGCUCAAUCACCAUCGUGGCCCGCCGAUCCUUCAACGCGGGCGCGGCCGCGCAUCACGGUCGCACGAUGGAGCAAGCCGUGCUUGUGGGCUCUGCUCCCGUUGCCACCGGCACCACAACAUCCCCGUUGCUUUCGCGCGCUUCGCUGACUUCCCUCGUGCCAUCGCCCGAGUCGGAGCGACGGGCUGCGAGCGGCUCGACCCUUUCCAGCACCCCUCCUGCCGUGCCAGAAGCCAGCACUACUGCGCCGUCUCCCGCCGACAAGCACACCUCUCCACCCACGACUCGCUCCUCGCGCCUUGGUUCGUUCAUUCGCGGCGGCGGCAAAGACAAGGACGACAGCUUCGCCACCCCACGAAAGAAUUCGACAGCCAGCUCCAGCUCGGUUGCCUCCGGCGCCAGUGACUCGAACGAGCCGAUACCAGCACCUGCAGCAUCGACAAGCGUCGUCACAGCUACCACUGCAGCUGCUGUUUCUGCGCCGAUUCCAGUACCUGGCCGUCGCAGCUCCAUCAUUUCGCUCGGCGGCAGCAAGAAAACCGCCAAUAAGGACGAUGCCAAGCGUGUCAGCAAGGACGUCACGUCUGUUGCUCACGCCCUGGCGGCGCAAAAUCAGCAGAGUCCUCCCGACGACGAUUCCCAGCUCAGCACAUCGCCCGGCAAGGCUGAGAAGGACAAGAAAAAGCGCCCCAUUUCCUCGCUGUUCAAGUCCGGCUUGAAUCUCUUCAGCGGCAACGAGGAGAAGAGCGCGAGUGCCACACCCAAGCUGUCAAAGUCGAGCUCCAAGCGAUUGGGUGACGAGACCAGCACAACACAGCUUGCCAGCACACCGCUUUCAAGCUCGCCUGGUGCAGCGACGCCCGUUCUUCCAGAAGACGACAUUGACGAUGACGAAGCCACCAACACCCGUCGACCAGCGAAGGCCGUCGCGGCGCAGCCCGCCCAGCCACCGCAAACUCCAUUGGGCAAAGGUCGCUCGAACUCUGUGAUCAACCUGUUUGGCCUUGGCUCGUCGGGCGAGGAUGCCGAGGCCGCGUCUGCCAAGAAGGACAGCAAGGCAGCCCGGGCUCGUGCUGCCGUCGAGGAGCAGAACUCAUUGGCAGAAGAAGGCGGGGAUGCCGACCCGUUCAAGACCCCGAUUUUCAACCGCACCGCCUCGAGCUCUGCGGUCAAGCUCAAUCGCUCAACCUCCACGCUACUGUCGCGCUUCAAGAAUGCGGGCGCCUCGACUCAAAAGCGCAAGGCUGCCCGCGCCGAGUUUGGCAAGCAGGCCGUCAAGGAUGUGCUGCGCGAAGGGUGGCUGCUCAAGCGUGGGCGUCUCGCCAAGAGCUGGAAGAAGAGCUACUUUGUGCUGACAGAGCACACGCUCUUCUACUACGAUUCCAUUGAGCAGUCCAAGUCUGGCGAAUACCUGGGCCUCAUUCCCACCUCUGAAAUUUCGGGUGUGGAAGUGGUUCCCACGGAAAUGUUCAAAAAGGAUCUCGUCUUCAAAAUCAACGUGGCAUCCCGCCCGCUGUUUUGCCGCGGCGCUGCCAUCCACGAUGUCAUGGAUUGGAUGACCGCGCUCUUGUCCAACAGCGACAACCCCAUCCCAAAGACCCCGACAGUUUUGUCCAUUCCCGCGACGCCCAGCCGCUCAUCGAUCGCUUCUGAGAUGGUGCUUUCGCCGAUUGCCACGCCUGGCGGCGUCAAGUCCCCCAAGAUUUAUGCCGACCGCUAUCGAGCAGAGCGAAAGCUCGGCGAGGGUGGUUACUCGAAGGUGAAGCUUGCCGUUGACCUGAAAACGGACAAGCAAGUCGCGGUGAAGGUCAUCUCUCGCGAGAAGAUGGAGGAGAUGAAGAUGAUGGAGCGUGUCCUCCGUGAGAUUGAGCUCAUGAAGACACUCGAUCAUCCACAUGUCGUGCGGAUGUACGACGUCCACCACUCCGACUCGACCAUUUUGGUUGUGAUGGAGUACAUUCAAGGCAUGACGCUGGAUGACUAUCUUGGCGAGCUGGUGCGGCUCGACGAAGGAGACGCCCGCCGCUACUUUAAGAUGCUCAUUUCGGCGGUGCACUACUGCCACGAGAAUGGCAUCAUCCAUCGUGACUUGAAGAUGGAAAACAUUCUUGUGACGGAUACCAAGGAGCUGCGGCUGAUUGACUUUGGCUUGGGCAACCGCUACGACUCGCAAAGCAUGUUCAAGACGUUCUGUGGCACGGAGGAGUACGCUGCACCGGAGAUGGUCACCAAGACCACGUACUCUGGCACGGGUUGCGAUGUGUGGUCGCUGGGCGUGCUGCUCUUCCUGCUCCUCACGAAUAGCUUCCCGUUCGAAGACGACAAUGUUCCUCGACUUUAUGCCAAGAUCCAAGCUGGCCAUGCGGCAGUGACCUUCCCCGACUACCUGUCUGCGUCUGCCAUCGAUCUCAUUAGGUCAAUGCUGACGCCGGAUCCGAAGGCGCGCGCCACUGUUCAAGACGUUCUGGCGCAUCCUUGGAUGCACGAAGCGUCCACGUCCAACGCCGCGUCAAACGACGCCAGUCUCAACAGCAGCUCGAACCAGCUUCUCGCCGAUGCCACUGGCUCAACCAACGCGCUCGAUUCGGCCGGACGCGUCACCUUCGACGCGGAAGCAUCCACGCCGUCGCCGCGCACCUACUCGCGAAGCCGCGGCCCGCGCCCAAUGUCCAUGCCGGCGGGCUUCAACAUUACCGACGAAGACAUCGAGGCGAUUGGCGCGAAUCUCUCGCCGGUGGGCGACAUGCUCUCCCCCGAAACGCAGCAAAACCUCAAAGCAAUGAAAGCGGUCAAAUUGUCGCUGGAUCCGACCUUCUUUGACGAAAUGAUGAAAAAGCACAUGGACGGCAAGUGAUGCUUCUGAUUUCAGGUGCAUUUGUCGUCUUGAGAUGUUGUCUCCGCACCCCUUCUGUUCGUUCGUUUUAUUUCUCUGUUUCUCGGUUGUUUUCUUUUCGGAUGAACACUCGCGAUUAUUGUACUUGUAGCAACAACAACAACACACACAAUGAUUCCAACGUUGAAC